AAAAAAAAAAUAAUUUUUAUUUAUUUACACUAUACCUCACACUUCCUAUACUAUUCGAUUUUUUUAUUUUUUAUUUUUCACGUCUUACCACUGUAUAAAAACAAUUUAUUAUUUAUUUUUUGGACUUUUUUUUCAAAUAUGACAAACGACGCCCCCGGUAACGAUGCUGCGGGUACACCAAAGCCACGCAGGCUGCGCAAGGGUGGUCAAAAGGCGCGUCGCGGGUCGACGCCGCGUACCAGCCAAAUGACCGAGUCCAACCUGGCAAAGUUCACGCAAAUAAGCAGCAACACAGGGUCCUCCACUUCUUCCGCCAUCCCCGCCGCCUCUGCCGCCGCUGCUGCUGCCAACACAGAAGACAUGCGCAGCAUGACUGGGAACAUCAAGAAGGAUGCAGCCAUUCUAGAAAACCUGAACGAGCGACUCCAGUGCAUCACCGAGGGUGUAGCCCCCUUCCGAGUCAAAUUCGAAAACAACAAAGGAGAGGCCACAAUGUCCGACGUGUACCCUGAAGAAGAGUUCAACGAAGUGCUGCAGAAAGUGACUGCCAAACUGCGCAUGUCCAGACAUUCCGAUUACAUCAUUAUGUACAAGGACACGGAUGACGAGGAGAUUGCGGUUGCUUGUACGGACCAUUUGCGCGAAAUGUUUGGGCUGUUUGAGCCUGGAUGCCGGCUGCAGCUCAAGAUUGUGCCGUUCAAUAUUAACAACAGCGGCGCGCUAGAUAGUAUUGCGAAAAUAUGGGAGUAUGGCCUGACUCCGAAUGUUUUUGUCGACGAAGCGGAGAGCGACGAUUCAAGUGAUGAGGUGGACUUGACGCAUAUUAAGCUGGCUACGGACGGACACCAGAAGGAAGAAAAAAAGGCAGAGUCUGCUGCUGAGACCGCAGUGGCCACUGCGGCGGCAGCGUUGGCUGAAGCAAAGGCUGUGGCAGAGAAGGCCGCUGCUGAUGCUGCUUCGGCUGCGGGGGUUGCCGCGGCGGCUGAACUGAAGGCCUCCGAGGCGGCGGCGGCUGCCUCUGCGGCUGUUGCCAAGGCUGAGGCCGAGGCCAAAGCCAAGAAGGAGGCCGAGGAGGCUGCCAAUCAGCCAUCCAGCACCAAGGCUGAGCCCCCAUCGCCUGCCUCCCUGUCAUCAAACACCGAAAAGGAUGGCGACGAACUGCGCCAGGCUAUCCUCAUGAUGUCCAACAACCUGUCCCUGGCUAUUGAGAGCUUGGGCACUAGGCUGACGCAUAACUUUGACAAGCUGUCUACUGAGCAAGCUAAAAUUAUAAACACCCUGUCGCAUAGCGCCAAGGAAGACGCAGCUGAGAAGACCGAAAUCAAGACCGAGACCGAGACUAAAACGGAAACCAAGACGGAGACCAAGACGGAGGAAAAGGUGGAAACCAUCAAUGUGGACAUCAACGAUCUUGAGAUUAUUGACGUCGACACUGAAACUGCUGUGGUUGCGGUCAAGAACGAGAAGAAGAACGAAGUUAUUGACAUUGACGUCAAGAAUGAGAAGAAGGACGAGGUUGUUGACAUUGACAUUAAGGAUGAAAAGAAGGACGAGGUUAUUGAUAUUGACGUCAAGGACGAGAACACUCCGCUGCCGCCGCCACCGCCUCCAUCGGCAGCAAAUCAUGUGCCUCCACCUCCGCCACCAGUGCAGAGCGUUCCUCAUCCUCCCCCACCAGCGAUGCAUUGUGUGCCGCCCCCUCCGCCACCAGCGACGCAUUGUGUGCCACCUCCACCACCGCCAGUGACGCACUGUGUGCCGCCUCCACCACCUCCAGUGACGCACUGCGCACCGCCAUGCCCGCCGCCCCCUUACCACAAGGUUGAGGAGAUUACUGUCCAGUUUGUGAACCACAACCAUGCGCACGAGGUGCACAAGGCAGCGGCGUUUGCAUAUAAUCUGGCCCAAGCAAACUUUGCAUUCAGCAGCAACCCUUACGCUAGCAGCUUUUUUAAAAGCGGCUUUUCUGAGGCCGGCAUACCUUCGCAUUUUGCGCACCCCUGCAUGAUGUCGUCUCCAUUUGAAUGCCAGAACGGGUGCACUUGCGGGCACUGCUAGAGCGUUGUCUAUUCUUAUAUUAUAUUAUUUUAUCUUUAUUAUAUUAUAUUAUUAUUCACAAAACUGGUGCAUGCAGUGUUCAAAGAAGAAGAAAGAUGUGUAAUCAACGUACUGGUUAGAAAUUACCUGUUGCAAACCAUGAGAUGGGUGUGAAGGCUGUUACGCAGCAUAACUGCCAACCGGUGGCAACAGCUCCUUUUGAGCGCUAGUGUCAUCUAGGUGUAUUUUUAUUGUACGUUGGUGUUUUCAAGUGCCAAAUAAAAAAUACUGCGCUGUCUUGUCUCAAAAUUGUUUAAAUACCAGGCCAGUGAACC